AACAAUUCGUUUAAUGUGCAACGUAACCGGUAUACCCAAUAUGCUUGAUGGAGUGGACUGGUUCUUCCAAGGUGAGCCGAUAGUGACAACGGCGUCCCAUUGGAUAGACAGAACUAGCAUCUUGAAGCACAUAGAAGGGUACAGAUACUACAGCGAGUUGAUAAUUGACCAUAGUUCACUACAAGACAUGGGCAUAUACCUGUGCCGAGGUCCCAAUCUGAAGUUAGACAGCAUCAGAGUCGAUGUUCUGAGCGCAGGCAAGCCAAAUGUCAUUCGAAGAGGGUCUAACACUGAUGCCAAUUAUUCACAUGCGAGUGGAUCAUUAAUCGUUUCUACAAACUAUCUUACCUAUUUCGUCACAUCAAUAGUGUUAGCUUUACUGCUUGAGGCAUAUGGUGGGUCUUCCUGCGAUGAGCUAUCCGUGCAUAUGGGACGUUUUACCUCAAAAUAUGCUCUUAAAAGAUGACAAGGAUUUGAAAAUGCAGAAAAGUUCAUAUGUGUGCCUUACAUUCCUGGUGAUGAACAAACCGCGAUGAAAGAAAUGGAUGAUAACGUUAACGUAGUUAAUUUCUUGCAUAUCAACAAUUGAUUGUAAAACAGCCAUUUCUUACCGUUUCGCGUUAUUGUGUUAUUGAGAAGUUUCAUUAAGUAAGUUUUAACGGGUUUUUACAAGUGCAAGACAAUAUAGUUAUUGCGAGGCAUGUUUGUUAGCAACUGAUUAUACAGCAGUUAAACAAUGUUAAGGUAUUUUUGAUGGAACAGAUCAUUUUAUUAAACUAAAACUUUUUUUCCUCCACCGAAAAUAUUUCAGUCAGGCAGUGUACGUCGUGUUUUAGAGACGCCAUCUUUCUUGAAACUUAACGUGUGAAAAUAGACAGUCAAACAAACUUGUAAGAUGAAAUAUAUAUUGCAAUUAUGUGGUGUAUAUAUUCCGAUUUUAUAUGAUAUUUGUUAUAUAAACAUGAUCAGAUCUCCAUUACAUAGUCACUAUUUGUGCUGCAGCUUUUAUCAUGACGAAACGUUUUCACUUCUUGACUAUGGCAUAUAUUUAUAUUCUCACCAAAACAACGUCGAUCUAUGAUGUGAUUGUAGU